CAGUCAGUUACCUGCUCCGCGCGGCGAGCACGUGCGGGGCCCCGACAGACACUGCAGCUUCGCAGGAGGCCGGCGCCCCCGGCCCGCAGGUGCAGAGAUUGUGGGCAGACUAUGUAAUCGCCGCGGAGGGGGAAGAGGAGGGAUCGGCGCUCUCCAGCGGCGGCGCGGCGGCUCGGCUAGGCGGAGUUUCGCGGCGACUGCGCCCGGCUUUCGCCCGCGGGGCGACGAGGUCGCUCGGUCCAGCCCGGCGGCAGCGGCGAGUCCCCAGUGCGGGCGUCCCCGAGCCUAGGCGUGCAGGCAGCGAACGCACACUCCGACCGGUCCGUGCCGCGCCGGCAGCGUCCAGCCAGCAUGGAGAAGGACAGCCUGAGCCGCGCCGACCAGCAGUAUGAGUGCGUGGCGGAGAUCGGCGAGGGCGCCUACGGGAAGGUGUUCAAGGCCCGCGACCUGAAGAACGGCGGCCGCUUCGUGGCUCUGAAGCGCGUGCGAGUGCAGACCGGAGAGGAGGGUAUGCCGCUCUCCACCAUCCGCGAGGUGGCGGUGCUGAGGCACCUGGAGACCUUCGAGCACCCCAACGUGGUCAGGUUGUUUGAUGUGUGCACAGUGUCACGGACAGACAGAGAGACCAAGCUUACACUCGUGUUUGAACACGUUGAUCAAGACUUGACCACUUACUUGGAUAAAGUUCCAGAGCCUGGAGUCCCCACAGAAACCAUAAAGGACAUGAUGUUUCAACUUCUUCGAGGUCUGGACUUUCUUCAUUCUCACCGAGUAGUGCAUCGUGACCUAAAACCACAGAACAUCCUGGUGACCAGCAGUGGGCAAAUCAAACUGGCUGACUUUGGCCUUGCCCGCAUCUAUAGUUUUCAGAUGGCCCUUACCUCAGUGGUCGUCACACUGUGGUACCGAGCCCCAGAAGUCUUGCUCCAGUCCAGCUACGCCACCCCCGUGGACCUCUGGAGUGUCGGCUGCAUAUUUGCAGAAAUGUUUCGCAGAAAGCCUCUUUUUCGUGGAAGUUCGGAUGUGGACCAACUAGGAAAAAUCUUAGAUGUGAUUGGACUUCCGGGGGAAGAAGACUGGCCCAGGGAUGUUGCCCUUCCCAGGCAGGCUUUCCAUUCCAAAUCUGCCCAACCCAUCGAGAAAUUCGUGACAGAUAUUGAUGAACUUGGCAAAGAUCUACUUCUGAAAUGCUUGACAUUUAAUCCAGCUAAAAGAAUAUCUGCCUAUGGCGCCCUGAGUCACCCAUACUUCCAAGACCUGGAGAGGUACAAGGACAACCUGCACACCCACCUGUCAUCCAGCCAGAACACCUCAGAGCUGAACACAGCCUGAGGUUCGCCGGGGAUGCCGUGAGCUGGUCAUCGAAACAUGAUGGCUGACGAGUCCCCUAAGCCAGCCUUGCAGAGCAGUUAAUGGCUGGCUGCGGGCCUUCCAGCUGCUGGCUUCUGGAUGCGCUCUGCUUCACCAAGGAAACCACCUAGUUUACUGUUCAGAAAUCAAUGCAAGAGUGAUUGCAGCUUUAUGUUUGUUCA